UGUUGCUAGACGGCGGCUUUUAUCGUGACACUCGCACACAAAAGCAGAGAACCACUACUAGGAUGUCUCGAUUCGAGUUAUUUUUGUCCCCACUCGCGUUAUGACAAUCUCCGCCGCCUACAUUGUGAUUGGCUAAAAGCGGGAGUAGUACCCACGAGCAGCUUCCUGAUUGGAUAUCCCCUUUAACCCCAUGUGACUUCGUACCUAUGAGAGACUCUAGUGACGCCGGAAAAGUGAUAGGGCGGAAAACGGGUGGGGGAAAGUAGCGUUUCGUGCGCGGCCACGUCAUUGUAAAUGGAGUAAGAGUAGGUUUGAACCAAAAUAGAAGAUACCGAAACAGGAUUCAGCAGCUGCGACCAGACUCCAGCGCGGCCGUACAGGGAUAUUCAUACCCCAGUCAGGAGGCGUUAUUAAACACACCUGGUGGGAUCUGUGUAUAAUCAUAUGGAAAGAUGUCAGACAUCGGGGACUGGUUCAGGAGCGUCCCGUUCCUCACGCGCUACUGGUUCGCGGGGUCAAUCAUCGUGCCGCUUAUAGGAAAACUGGGCUUGAUCAGUCCCGCCUAUCUCGUGCUGUGGCCGCAGGAGUUCUUUCAUAAGUUCCAGAUAUGGAGACCGAUAUCUUCGACACUGUAUUUCCCAGUUGGGCCAGGAACCGGUUUUCUAUACAUGGUCAAUCUGUACUUCCUGUAUCAAUACUCGUCCAGACUGGAAACAGGAGCCUUUGAUGGAAGACCAGCGGACUACGUGUAUAUGCUGCUCUUCAACUGGAUUUGCAUUGUUAUAACAGGACUGAUGAUGGACAUGCAGCUCCUGAUGAUCCCUCUGAUCAUGUCUGUGCUGUACGUGUGGGCCCAAAUGAACCGAGACAUGAUCGUGUCCUUCUGGUUUGGUACGAGAUUCAAGGCCUGCUAUCUCCCCUGGGUCAUUCUGGGAUUCAACUACAUCAUCGGUGGCUCGGCUGUGAACGAGCUGAUUGGAAAUUUAGUGGGCCAUCUUUACUUCUUCCUCAUGUUCAAAUAUCCCAUGGACCUGAACGGCAGAUCCUUCCUGUCCACGCCACAGACCCUCUAUCGGUGGUUUCCGAAUCGACGCGGUGGAGCUUCCGGAUUCGGCGCCCCGCCCGUCAGGAGACGCGCUCCUCAGGAACAAGCAGGAGGAGACGGUAGACGUCACAACUGGGGACAAGGGAAUCGGCUCGGGGAAGACUGAGGACGUCCUCCGACCGAAGCCUCCAUGGACACCGAUGCUCGCCAGGCACAUAAUAAACGCACUGCUGCCGCAGGACA